GGGCUGCGGGGCGGGGAAGGGCUUUUAUCAUCAGGCAGCACCGCGGCCACCUUAUGGGGGGGCAGUAGGCCCCGUGUGACGUCAGAGGCGGCGCGACGGGAGCGGCGGGGCUGGGCCGAGCUUUGAGGCAUCCAGGUACAUCCUUGUAAAGCUUCUUCGUUCCCGAGGCAAUGCCCAAAGUGAAGCGGAGCAGGAAGCCGCCCCCAGAUGGAUGGGAGCUGAUCGAGCCCACGCUGGAUGAGCUGGAUCAGAAGAUGAGAGAAGCGGAGACUGAGCCUCAUGAAGGGAAGAGGAAAGUGGAAUCCCUUUGGCCUAUCUUCAGAAUCCACCAUCAGAAAACACGUUACAUCUUCGAUCUCUUCUAUAAAAGAAAAGCUAUCAGCAGAGAGCUGUAUGAAUACUGCAUCAAGGAAGGGUACGCUGACAAAAACCUGAUUGCAAAGUGGAAGAAACAGGGUUAUGAGAAUCUUUGCUGCCUGCGGUGCAUCCAGACGCGGGACACCAACUUCGGAACCAACUGCAUCUGUAGGGUGCCCAAAAGCAAGCUGGAAGUGGGGAGAAUCAUUGAAUGCACUCACUGUGGAUGCAGAGGCUGUUCUGGGUGAAACAGACAGACUUCCUUUUGAACUCUCAGCGAUAUCAUCCAACACAAUGGACUAUGAAUGCAAUUACAGCUACCUUCUCUGUGUGAUUGGAUAUUCCUGUACUGCAAUUAAAAGGGCAAAUUCACCUGGAUCAUACAAACAAAGGAUGUAGUUUCGGAGUAGCUUUUUGUGUAGCCGCUUAUUUUAAAAUAAAGACUGCCUUCCUGAGAGAGUG